AUCCAAGUAUCACAUCACCCGCUCCAAGUCAUAGGAAUGUAUACCUACAUUAACGACAGAGCACCCCACCCUGCAAUCAAGCUUUCUUCGAGUUUCCCGAAUUCCAAUAUAGGUAUCGAAACAGGGUGAGAUACGUACAUGGGCAUUUCUAAAGACGUCUCAGUUAGUUCUCUUCGUUUUACAAGAAUCUGACCAUUUUCCUCCGUGGAUCGUGAUAAUGCACUUUCAUUGCAGUAUAAACGGUUUCACUAAGCGGGGUAAUUCGCUACUCUCGUACGUCGUCGUAUAGCUUACGUGCAUAACUCCGAACGUGCACACCAACAGACAUAAGCGCCAGGUACACGUACGAGGGUGAUGGCGCGGAGGUGAUAACCUUAUCUAGGUGAUCUGUGAUCCCUACCUACUAUGUAGUACAUUCGGAAGCAUCGGAAUUUUCGGUCCCAAAGUCGUACAGCUUAAUCGGGGUGUGUGAGCGUCGCCGAAAAUCACGAAUGGGGAUAUCGUGGGGUAAUUCCGAUGUUGCCAGGGUGCAGUGCAAUUACACUCGUAGCACCUGAGUCGGGAUGAAGUUAGGAAAAGCAAGACGAGUCAAGGAAGAAAACCAGGAGAAGACCCCCCCGAUCCGAAGACUGAUCGUUCCUAUUUCAAGAGAUUUAUAGUCUUCAUUGCGCUUCAACCUGAGCAAGACCACAGAAGGAAGAAAACACGAGACGUAAGGAAUACGUAGAAGUACUGCAAUGGCGUUUGAGAGGCUCGUCCGGUUUAUCCCCCGCCGACAGGUUUCCCGGCCGUUAAUCGGGCAACCCGUCGAUCGGCUUAUCGACGUCGGCAAAGCCGUCUACGAAGGCAAGGCCGUAGAGGUACGAGCUUUCAGCGGAACCUCGGUCUUGAGCCCCGGGUCGCCGACAGACCAGAUAGAAACCAUCGACCGUAUCCUGUCGCCGCUAGCUAGAGAAGAGGUCGGGACCAUCCGAUGCAUCGGUCUGAAUUAUGCAAACCACGCUAAAGAGGCAAAUGUCGAGAUUCCUAAGAUACCUAUGAUGUUCAUGAAGCCCGCUACGGCGCUAGCGGAUCCCUGGCCGGCUCCCACCAUCAUCCCGAAGCACACUCUGAAGGAUGACUGCGCGGACUACGAAGCCGAGCUGGCCAUCGUGAUCGGGAAGGCCUGCAAGAACGUGAGCGAGGCAGAGGCCCUGGACUAUGUCUUAGGCUACACAGCUGCCAACGACGUGUCAAGCAGGGCCUCACAAAUUGCCCAGUCCCAGGCCUGUUACUCGAAGGGGUUUGAUGGGUCCUGUCCCCUUGGCCCCGUCCUCGUGUCCGCGGCGGUCAUGCCCGAUCCUAGUGCCUUCACUAUCUGCGGGUUGAAGAACGGAGAGGUGAUGCAGAAUUCCGCUUUAAGUGACAUGAUCUUCGACUGCGCGAAGCUUGUGAGCUUCCUAUCCGAGGGCACCACGCUUCCUCCGGGAACAGUCAUCCUCACUGGGACGCCGGCCGGUGUAGGUUUCGGGAAGAAACCUCCAGCUUAUCUCAAGGACAAGGACGAGUACGUGGUUGAAUUGCUCCCGCAUGUUGGGAGCCUCUACUCGGCAUUCCAGGCCGAGAAAUAGCGGUCUAGAUGUCGGCUACCAUUCAGAUUACGGGAGCAGGGAUGAGUUGGGAAGAAAAAUGUCCGCAUCACGAUAUUGUUAGGCGAUGAGGUCUAUGCAAAGAAUAGACACAGAGCGCAGAAAAUGUUGCCCGACUGAAGUAAGGGUGGGCCGCGAAAUGCCAUAGGCGCUCAUCGGGAUUUUCGAUGCAUUUCGGGCUUCACCGGAUUUGCUUCAGCCUCGCGAGGCAAAGCAAAAAC